AUGAAUAAAUUUUAUAUUCAAACCGCUUUAUUUAUUUUAAGCAUUUUCGCAUAUGCAAAUAAUGGAGCCCUUGCAGCUGAACCUGCUCCAGGAGAAGAUACAAAACAGCAUAUAAAAGAUCAACCAUUAAGUCGUCAUUCUACUUCAGAAGAACUAUAUGAAAAAGUCAAGUACUUAUCAUGUCGCGGUCGCAAACAUACACAAGCGAUCGAACUUAUGAACGAUGCUGUAAAACAGUUAGAAUACUAUGCUACAACCAAAGAUGGUUAUAAACCAUAUUUACAAAAUCCUACUGAUAGUUUAUCUUAUUACAUAAAAAAAUUUGACAACGAGACAAAUAUUCUAAAAGCUCAUUUAAAUAUUUAUGAUUCCAAUCAGUAUAAUGCCAUAAUAAACAGGAUAUGGAAUCCAUUGGCUUCCAAUAUUUUCAAUAAAGGCCAUGUUACAAUUGGCCAUGUGUACAAUCCAAAUUUAAUGAUGAUUCGCCAAGAUUACAAAAAAGAUUCUAAAGGCUAUCAGAAAUAUUUUUAUGCUUUAAUUUCAAAGACUGAAAUAUCAAAAGACAAAACUAUAAUUGCCAUGACUUCAGUAAAUGUAAAUGAUAGCGUCCGUUCCGGUAUAGAAUAUAAAAACCCAAUAUUAGAACGUGCAAAUUCAUUCAUAACUAAAUUAAUAAUUACCAAUGAGAUUACAGAUGAAAAAUAUAAAAUAAUACAUGUGAACUUAGCUGGAUACCUCAUUGAAAAAAAAGGCGAUGCUCUUGAAAUCACCUAUAUCGAAUCUAUUCAGGGACAUUCUUCCUUUUAA